AAAAAAUGUUUUGUGUAGUCUCAAACUACCGAAUGUUAUUGUAUUAUUCAAAUAGUUAUUAAAUUUAAAUGAUUACUUAAACUUUAGUACUUACAUAUUAAAUAACAUGAUGGACUUAAAAGUAUGUAGAAUAUGCUUACGUACAGACGCAAAGACUUAUAAAUACGACAAUUAUCAACUGAAACUAUUUUAUGAAGAGAUUUUAACAAUAAAAAUAAAUAAACAAGACAAGUUACCGAAAUAUUUUUGUUUUGAAUGUGCAAUAUUAUUGCACAAGUUUCAUAAAUUCAAAGAGAAAUGCUUAUAUACUAUGAAAAUAUUAGAAGACAUGUGUUGCAAAGGCCAGAUUACUUAUGAAUUAGUCAAUUGUGUAGAUAGAACGAAACUUAAUCUAUUAAAUAAGUCACCGUUAGAACGAGUCAUAUUAGUGUAUAACACAGAAGAACAAUUUCCUAUAGACACAAGUGUUAUCAUUAAAGAAGAAGUCAAACAGGAUGACAGGCAUGAAGCUUGUCAUGACGUACAGGAAACAUGUCAUGAUACACAGGAUAAUAAUGACGACACAUCCUUUGACGACAGAGAACCAGAAACAAAUAUCGAUAAAAAUCCCAAAGUAAUACCGGUAAAUAAACAGAAAAAUAAAAUUCAAAAUCAAAAAGCUAUCAAAGAUAGGAAAAGAGUAUCAAAAGAAAGACAGUUUAAAGAUAUAGAUGUGAGUAAUGCCAAAAAAGGAAUUAAAAGAUUGAUACUAAUGGACAGUAGUAAGUGGAAGAAGUAUGAUUUAUCUGAAGAAGAUGCCGUACAGGAGUUCCAAGCGAAAGCAUUUGAUGAUAAAUACACAAGUGCUGCGUACAAGUGUACAGAUUGCUUGAAAGGUUUCUCUCAAGAGGACAUGUUGAAAAGACACAUCAAAAUACGACAUAGUGAGUCGAAAGGUGCCAUAGAGUGUCAGUUCUGUCGCAUGAGGUUUAAGAGAAAGUGUCGCCUACGUCAACACAUACGGGAGCAUUACACUAAGUUUAAAUGUCUUCGUUGCAAUUUUAUAUGCGUUCUUGAGAGCACAGCAUUAAGCCACGAACAAUACCACAAUGGAGUGACGAGAAAAUGCAAGUAUUGUGGCAAAGAGUUUAGGUACUCAUCAACUUACUACACACACCUGCGCACACACAGAAGUCAAUACGUGUGUACUCUUUGUGGAUCGUCGUUUGUGAGCGAAGCUGGUCUACACCAACACAAACGAGUCAAACAUUGUACUAAUGACACUAAUAACUUGGAAGAUGAAGAAGUGAACAAGUACUGUUCUCGCUGUAGCAUCCACUUUGAGACUAGCGCGGCGUACGAGGAACAUCUCUACCACUCUACUAUGCAUGCAGAGGUCGAAGAAAAUGGUACAGAAAACGAAACGGGAAAACCGUUAAAAAUAUUCGAAAAGAAUACUUCAGAAAAAAUAACAAGUUUAUUUAAAAAACGAAAGAUCGACGACGUAUCACUCAAAUCUGGCAAGAGAUGCAAGAAACCUACGACUUGUCAUCAGUGCGGCAAACAUUUCAAUAGUCAGUCUGCUUGUAUGAAGCACCAUUUAGAACAACACCCCGGUACUUCCUUCUGUCCGCCCAACGAGAGGCACAUCUGUGAGAUCUGCGGAGCCUCGCUAGCGCCCGGUAGCGUAGCAGUCCACAAGAACAUGCACACGAGAGAGAAGAUAUUUGCAUGCGAAACGUGCGGGCGGCAGUUCUAUGAGAGCGUUGGUCUCAAGCGACAUAUGUUGACACACACAGGAGAAAAACCAUUUGCUUGCACCUCCUGCGACAAACGAUUCACUCAAAGCGCUAGUCUAAAGCUACAUUACAGGACAUUUCAUCUAAAACAACCUUACCCUAAAAGAAACAGGAGAAAAAAGGACUAACCACUACAGAAUCCUGAUGACUGAACUUAUGCAUCGAACUGACGACAUAUUACUAAUGACAGUAAAAUGUUUUACAAACAAAAAAAUAUUUUUUUUUUUUUUACAAUUUGCCAUAUUUUUUAACAUAGACUAUUUAUAUAAAAAAGAG